AUGAACAUGAACGCCAUGAUAAGUUUAAAGCGAGAAGAAGCGAAGAACUCCCAAAAUGUAAACGUAAAUGUGGAGCCUAAAACCUCAGUAUAUCUUUCAACCGACCGUAUGCCAUUAAGUGAAUCCGUUAAGUCUCGAGAUAUUGAAAUAUUACCACCACCACCUGAAUAUCCUGAAGUUAAUGAAGACGGAAAAGAUAAAACAUUUUAUGAGCAACAAAUAAAGAAGCUUCAAUGUGAAAUCGAGGUGCUAAACACAAUGUUGGAGAUGUUAAAAGAUAAUCCAAUAUAUAUUAAUAAAUUAGUAUUAGUCGAUGAUGUGGUAUUAAUGAAAUUUGUUAAAUUACUCACUGAUGCUGAGGAUGUACAGCUGGACGAUGAAGAUUUAGGCAGCGGUUGCAUUACUAAAAAUAAAUAUCGCAGGGUUAAUGCUAUAUAUGUUAUCAAGAAUGGAGAGACUAAAAAUGUUAAAUAUGAUUACCCAGAAGUUAUGAAAAGAUUAAAGGAAGUAGGGGUAAAUGUUAAAAUAGUUUGGUAA